AUGUAUUUUGAUGGGGCCACUAAUGCCAUAGGGCACGAGAUUGAAGCAAUUUUAAUAUCUUCACUAAAAGGUGAAUGGGAAACAAGAGAUUCAAAGCUUAUUCCUUAUCACAAAUAUAUCUUAGAGUUGUGUAAACAAUUCAAAACAAUCCAGUUUGAACACUUACCUUGUGAAGAAAAUCAAAUUGUAGAUGCCUUAGCCAUCUUAGCUGUAAUGGUACGAAUCGGUGAUACUAAUCAGCAAUACCCAGAUCAAGCAACAAAAAAUGAUAAGAGAAUCCUAAAAAGGUUGGCUAUGAUAUUCUUUCUAGACGGAGAAGUUUUGUACAAACAAGGUAAGGACCAAGUGUUAUUACGCUGUGUCAAAACUGUCUCUUUCACAACUGUGACUAGAUCUGUGAUCUACAAAUUCAUCAAAAAAGAAAUAAUCUACAAAUAUGGGCUCCCAAAAAAAUCAUCUCAGACAAUCUACAGAAAUUGA